AUGUAUCAGCAAAUAAUGAUCCCUUUCAUUUUGCACAGCAGUUUCACAAUGAAUUUAAUGAAAAUCUUACAAAAGCUAUUCUAUCCAGUCCUUACCUUUACAUGGAUGAAUUAAUAUAUCAAUGGAUGGGCAAAGUUGAUAAAGGUCUAUUUCAACGAAAAAUACCCAGAAAGUUAUAUCCAAUUGGAUGUGAAUUUAAAACUCUUGCAGAUGCUCAAAUCAAUUUAUUUUUAAGAUUAGAUCCAAUAGAACCUUCGGAAUAUAAAGAAGCAUUAUUAUUAGCCUAA